AUGUCUGAAGUCACCAAUCGCAACGAGGUUCGGGCAAUCACCGCAGCUGGCGGCUGGACCAUCGUCUACGGCGAUCUCAUUAAUGAAAUCGACGUAAUUGAGCUAGUCAUCUCCGUUCCCACUGGCACUGUCGCUGGUUGGGUCUCUAGCCAGGUCGAUGCCCAAGUCAAAAAGUUCAACCAAAGCCUGGCCACCGUCUCCGAUGAUGUCGUCAAAGAAGCAACGCAGUAUCUCAAGGGUCUACUGCAGAACAAGACUUCUGGAGAGCGAGACAUCAACGGACUUGGAGUCAAGGCUGGCAUCGUCACGUACCACCGCAAGCUCAAGACGCCACUUGGCUCUGUGCCGCUGGCAGACAACUACCAGCCAUAUAUUGGUAUUCGGAUCACCAAGCCCCUUCCACCAAAGGGGGAGCCGACUUCCAUUCAAAUACCGCCAGGGGUACAGCCAACCGCGCCGCCAAACCCGGCACAUGAUGGCUUGGACAGAAGAUUGUGGUACCGAAUCAAGAAUCCGGCGAAGCCCGGCAUGGCCAUUGACGUCGUGAACGACGGUAACCAGCAACAGGACGGUCAAGUGCAAAUGGCCGCAGAAGGCAAUUUCAGCGGCCAACACUGGCAGCUUCGCCCAUCCAGAACCGACCCCGGAGCGUACAAUCUUUGUAACAUGUGGCUUGGAGCGAACAAGUGCUUGGACGUGUACGGCAAUGACAAGACCAAGCCGCAUGUGGCCACUGCUGGUAACUACUCGGGACAGCAGUGGAGGGUUGAAGAGCAGGGCUAUGGGACUUGGAAGCUGUCGAACUCGUAUUCUGGGCCACUGGUGCUGUUGGCGGAUGCCUCUGGAGGGGGAGUGUCGCUCAAAGACGCCCAGGUUUCUUCUCCUGCAAUGUGGACUUUGCAGCCUAUCAAGUCAAUCACGGAGACUGGAUUCUAA